GAUGUUGACCAGAUGUGUUAACCUCACUAAUUCAUUUUGAAUCGCGCCGAUUUUUCUGGAAAAUAAUGUAAACCCCCACGAUCCCCGCAACCAAAAACCUUUCCAGAAUGGAGGAGCAAAGGCUGCUCAAGAAGAAAUCGAAGGCUGCAAACAACAGGGCUGCGCUGGUGUCUGCUUGCACCGAUUUGGCCGCUUACUACUCUUCCGUCGGCCAAUUUACCAAAGCUAUCAAUGAAUAUGAAGUCCUGCUGAAGAUCUACAAGCAGGAGAAGCAGAUGCUGUUGUUCGCCCAGGUCCACCGCGGUCUGGGCGAAGCGUACAUGGGCCUGCACGAGUUUAAGAAGACUUUACAAUGCUUCAAGACUUACCAUAGCGUUUCAGAGCAGGAGGGCAACCUUCUGGAGCAGCAAAGGGCUUUGGCCCAAUUGGGCCAUUUGUACCUGACGUGGUACUUGGAGACUAUCAGCGAAUCUAACCGGGAGCUCUUGGACCAGGCCUUUGGGUAUUUGAUGAGAAGCAUGAAGAAAUGCGAAAACUUGAGCGAUAGCAUGGAAAAGCAGGAUAUAAUCGCCCGGUUGUUCUCCAACUUGGGGCUAGUGAAGGAGAAUUUGGGGGAGCUUGAAACCGCCUAUCACUUGUAUGAAAAGAGCAUCAAAAUCUGCGUAGCUCACGAUUUGUACGAGCAGCUUUACCGGGGCUACCUGUCCAAGGCGUCCUUACUGGAGAAGCAGAAGAAGUAUCAAGAGACUAUAAAGAACUACAAUCUGGCCAUUGAGGCGGCAAAAAAGCUGAGCACUGACAGAGUGGAGCUGAUCUGCGCGGCGCUGCUUUCCAAGUCGGAGACGCUGAUUAAAAUCGCCGACUUCCAAGGUGCCAAACAGGUGCUGCGCAAGGCCUACAAGUUCAAGAGCCCCAACAAGCAGGAGCGCAAAAUCAUCGAGCGAAACCUCCGAGUGGUGGCCGGAAUGUGCAAAGUGGAGGACUCUAUCAUAACAUGCUCCGAGCAACCGCAGCUGAAGGGUCUCUAUGAGAAAAUGGGCGAUGGAGCGUGCGAUCUCAAGAUAUUCUCCAAAGCCAUUGAGUACUACAAAAAAAUGCUGGAAGCUGCUGAGAAGAGCGGCGCCAGCGAUAAGGAGCUAGGCGAGUGCUACUUCAGCCUUGCCAAGACCUACAAGGACAACGGGAACUAUGAGGAAGCUGAGUGUUACUUCGAGAAGGAGUACAACAUCUGCAAAACUAGUCUAAAGGACAGCUUGAACACGCUCUGCGAGCUCGCUGACUUGAAAGAGCUUGCUAAUCAGAGCGCGGAUUGCGUCAAGCGAGUCUACGAGAGGGCCCUGUUAAGUUGCCGCAAAAAGCACAGUCUAUUGGAGGAAAGGAGGAUCCUUAUUAGGUAUAGAGGCUUUCUGGAGCGCUCCCGAUGCAGUUUCGAGGCCUCCAAAGUGACGAUGCAGCUGGAAGCUUUGCAGUCCAAACUCGGGGACUUGGAAGAAGAAAGCUCGUCUUCCGAAUGUGAAAGCGAUGAUUCCGCCAAAGUGCACAUCGGAGACGACAUUGUCCUCAGCGAGAUCACCGAUGUGUCCGAGGAGUCGGACAACGAGGUGCCUGAAACCAAUGCUACGCAAUCUUCCAAACGUCGACGUCCAAACACGGUGAAAUUCAAGAAAAAUUUGAACGGCGAGUGGCCUUUGCAUGUGGCUUGCAUCAAGGGCAACUGUAAAAUGGUCCAAUACUGGCUGGAUGUGGACCAUCCGGUAAAUGUCCGCGACAACGCCGGAUGGCUGCCACUGCAUGAGGCCGCCGUUCAUGGACACAUCGAAAUAGUGCGCCUCCUUUUGGAUCACAAAGCGUCGAUAAACGACCGCGGCGGCUCUGAAUGCAACGGUAUCACCCCUUUGCACGACGCUGCUAGCAAUGGGCACUUGGAGAUCAUCGAGCUGCUGUUGAAUAAGGGGGCGUCCGCUCUAGCGAAGACCGAUGAUGGCAAUACGCCCCUAUUCGAGCUACGCAAAUGGUUCCAGAGAAACGGCGAGGAUUUGUCCAGUGAGCGCCUUAGUUUCUACCACUCCGUAGCUGGGCGGCUGGAAGCCGCCCUUGAAAAAUCUGGACAAAAGGACACGGGGAUUCUCAGCCCCAAUCACAGCAAGGAAAUCCAUCAAAGUGCUAGUAAAGUUGGCAGACUAAGGAGGGCGAUGCCCAUGGGUGAUUGUCUAGAAGACGAAGAAGAAGAUGACUUCCCGGCCUCCAACGAGUACCAAGAGGUGAUGCAAACGAUGCGGCGCAAAACGUUCUCACCCCAAAUCAGCCCGGUGGCCUCAAAACGGUCCGCGCUGGUCAAUGAGGAGGACUUUGUGGAGCCGGAAAACUGGCUGGAGGAGGACGUGCGGCGGGCGAAGCCCAAAAGACGAAGAACCAGUGAAUUUGGCGUCAGAAGCCGCUCCUUUGGCGAAGCCAACAAGUCGCCAAUUGAAGCCGACUUUCUUGCGGCUGGCAAUGACGAUUCUUUAGACGCGAUCUCGAUCGGCAGUGCCGAUAGUCGCUCAUCAUCCCGCCGAAGACAAGCCACUUUACUGGAGGCAGGAUUCAGCAAGGAGCGACCAUCACCGAACCACCCGCAGCAAAAUCAGUUGGAGGCCGAAAGGCCGUCCACGCCCUUUCAACAUCAGGAAUGCUCGCAACCAGCAGGAGACCCGAUGCUGUUUGCUGACGUGGACAUUGAGGGCAAAGUCUUCAGAGUGCCCGUUCGCAUGUCGCAGCUGCAGAGCAAAACCAUCAAAUGGCUGGCAGCGGAGGCCGCCCUUCGAUACGAAAGUAAGGAAUUCAUGAAGCCCGUGCUGGAGCUAGAGACUGUGGACGGGGUGAUUUUGGUUGAAAACGACUUGUUGAGCCUGCUCUUUCCCAUGGGGCGCGUGCAGGCCGAACGCGUUGUUGGAAAGGUGACCGAAUGGAGUCUGGCGUCAGUUUUGGAGCGCUAUAAGGAAACGUGCGCCAAUAUGGGCGUCGAUGCAAACGCCGAGCUUUGCGACUUGGUGGCAACCCUAUCAGUGAGCCUGGAUAUUUCAAGUCGCGGCCUUCUGGGGGACGCAUUGGGGCCCUUGCUCAAAUCCCUCAACAACCAGAAGGCGCUCACGCAAAUCAACCUCUCGGGCAACUUUCUCAAUGGCCACGCAGUGGCGCUGCUUUGCUCCAGCCUGGGCACGCUCUCCAACUUAGAGGUGCUGAAUCUGAGCGCGUGCAGCCUGCAAAAGGGCCACUUGAGCCAACUGGCUGGCGCCAUCUCCUGCAAUGCCCCGCUAUUGAGCAAACUGAGCAGCUUGGACCUGAGCGACAAUAAUGCGCUUCAGAACGCCUGCCUCAAGGACUUGAGCGUCAUCAGCAACAGCCUCAACUUGAAGCGGUUGAAUGUCAGCAAUACUGACCUGCGUGGUGAGCCGCAGGUUCAGCAAGUGCUAUGCUUGACCUUCCUUGAAGAGCUCAAUGUGAGCUAUAAUCAGCUGAGUGACAGCGCGUUGAGGGAGAUGCUCGGCUGGCUUGAUCCGCUGGUGCUAAGGGCGCUGAAUGCCAGCAGAAACAGCCUCCAAAGGGGGCUGAUGCAGGUGCUGGAGGUCCAUCAAAGCCUGGCGGCGCUGCAACAAAUCGACUUUGAAUGCUGCGGAGUGGACGACUCGGAUGUCUUCGCGCUGUUACGAUCUGCUCCGAACAUCACACACGUAAAUCUGUCUAACAACCCGGACCUGACUUCAAUAUCAUUAAGGCGGCUUCUGGAACACGCCACACUCAAUUACGUAAACGUGCAGUACUGCGACAGCAUUUGGUCCUACUUCGACACGAACGCGGCCGGCUGGGGCAUUGCGCUGGGCAGAAAAAGCCUCUGCAAGAUCGCAAAGGGGCCCCAGACGUACCAAAACUGUCUCAUCCAAGUGUUUGAGGAAAAACACAAAGACCACCUCAAGGUAGACGUUUCCUAUUACGCCCUCACUGUGACUAUUAACUGAACAGCGGGUGUUUCCCAUGCUUAUUAAAACAAGCGGGUGUACAGCAAAAUAUAUUGUAUCAAAAUAACACUAACAACUAUCGAUUGCCUUACGAAUCCAUUGUAUCACCCAAUUAACUAUUUACAGCCCGGGCAAAUUUACAGAAUAAUUACAGUCCUUACUUUGGUAGA